GCCGGUGCCGCCGCCGGUGCCGGGCAUGGCCCAGCUCGGUGCCAUCGCCGCCCUCGCCCUCGGCGUCGCGGCCGCCGCGCUCCUGUCGGCCGUGCACAAGAUCGACGAGGGGCACAUCGGCGUCUACUAUCGCGGCGGCGCGUUGCUGACCUCCACCAGCGGGCCCGGCUUCCACCUCAUGCUGCCCUUCAUCACGUCCUACAAGUCAGUGCAGACCACGCUGCAGACGGACGAGGUGAAAAAUGUCCCGUGUGGCACCAGUGGAGGAGUGAUGAUUUAUUUCGACAGGAUCGAGGUGGUGAAUUUCCUCAUCCAGAGUGCGGUGUACGACAUCGUGAAGAACUACACGGCCGACUACGACAAGGCCCUCAUCUUCAACAAGAUCCACCACGAGCUGAACCAGUUCUGCAGUGUCCACACGCUGCAGGAGGUUUACAUCGAGCUGUUUGAUCAAAUUGAUGAAAACCUUAAACUGGCCUUGCAGCAAGACCUAACCACGAUGGCCCCUGGAUUAAUUAUACAGGCAGUUCGAGUUACAAAGCCAAACAUCCCUGAAACAAUCCGGAGGAAUUAUGAGCUCAUGGAGAGCGAGAAGACAAAGCUGCUGAUCGCGGCACAGAAGCAGAAGGUGGUGGAGAAGGAGGCAGAGACAGAGAGGAAGAAAGCCCUGAUCGAGGCAGAAAAGAUUGCACAAGUUGCUGAAAUAACUUAUGGACAGAAAGUGAUGGAAAAGGAAACAGAGAAGCGAAUUUCAGAGAUUGAAGAUGCUGCAUUUCUUGCACGAGAGAAGGCGAGAGCUGAUGCUGAGUGUUACACUGCUAUGAAGGUGGCCGAGGCCAACAAGCUCAAGUUAACUCCCGAGUACUUGCAGCUGAUGAAGUACAAGGCAAUCGCAGCCAACAGCAAGAUCUACUUUGGCAAAGAUAUUCCCAACAUGUUCAUGGACUCUGCAGGGAGCCAGAGAAAAUCUGCAGAGGGACUGGCAGAGGGAAUCCAAGAUGAGGACGGGGCAGGAACCAGCGAGGACACAAAACUACUUCAUAACAUCAACUGAAAAGAAAGAUUUCUAUUCGUUUUAUAUCAAAACAACAUGAACUGGGAAAUUCCUUUUUGUUUUCCCCCUUUCCUGUGCUGAAAGAGAUGAAUCAGAUUUAAUCCUUUCAAUCUUUUGUAUGACAAUUAGACACAAGGACUUUGGUAUUUGUGGGGUGGGUUUUCUGGUAAUUUCUAAGCUCCAGGUAUGUUCUGUAGCUGCACCUCCCCAGCUCUUGGUCACACAGACCAAGGAUUUGGGAGAGGCUGUCAGGGCUAUCAGCUGGAUGGGAACCUGAUUUGGGAUUGAGGUGGUUCAUAGCUGUUGCAGGUAAAGAAAUGUUGAGGGUUUGGAGGGAGGGGAAUUGCUGCUACAACUUGUUUUGGGUUUUUUUCUUAUUGAAAAUUCCAAGUACUUUAUUUCAGUCCCCUUUGAAAAUAAGGUGCUAGAUUUUGUACACUACAAGUGGCUGCUCGAGGCUGGGGCCAGUGGCAGGUGGCUGCCGAGCCCAUGUGAGGUGACCCUAUGAGGGACAGAGGCUCAGCUGGAGUCCUGCAGGUUCCCACUCACCGGGGGGAUCGAAGCCUUAGACCACAAGUCACGCAGGGAGUGACCCAAACUCUUCAUUUUCUAUGUCCUAACACGGCUUUGUUUUCUGUUUUUCAUGUUUCUGUGGGGCACAGGAGAGUUUUCCCAGCAGUUCAGCUGCUGGGGGAGGGCGUGGGCAGCGUCCUGGAGUGCAGAGCUGGGUGGGAUUUUCAGUGGAAUGAGGCCACAGGCGUGGAAGUUGUCACAGUCAUAGAAAACCAGGGAGGAAAGAAUUUUUGUCUCAGGGACCCUGACUUUACAAAAGGCCGUGCUGGGGAGGAGCUGCUGGAGUGACCUGAUGGUUUUUCAGCUCGUUACCUGCUCUGCAGGAGCAACUGGAUCUCGGUGUUUACAGUGUCUGACUAGAAAAAGGACCUUCAGGUGAGCUGAAACGAGCAGAACUGAGCUCCUGUGGGAUUGGGUCUGAAUGGACCUUGUGGAAGGAAGGUUUUGUACUGGCCAAGGACAAACUGUGAUUCUGAAAGGUCACGGGGCAGAGAAAAGCAGCUCUUCCUGAACUACCCAAAGAUGGAUUCCCCUUUUUCUCUCAGAACAAUGUACCAGACCUUCCCCUCCAGAGAGCUGACCAGUUCCUCACAUCCCAGAUGCAAGGAGGAAACAGGGUUUUGUUUUCCACACAUGCAAAAUUUGAAGAUAAAAAUUCAUGCCUAGAGAGAACAUUUUUUUUUUUUCCUACCUAAUCCAUCUGCAUUUGGCAGCAGAGCCUGGUGCUUAAUUGCUGAUAAAAUUUGAGGCCAAUAUCCUCAUCUGAGGUGAUGGCAGUGCUCGUUGUCAGAGACCAGCCUGGUGCAUUUACAGGCUCGUGCCCCGAAUUCUUGCUCCCCCCUACCCCUGGUCUCACUCUUCAGCGUUUAAAUCUUCAUCAAUCUGUGUUACACUAAGAGAGCUCAGAUGAAUCUCAGCUCCUGGUUCCAGGGUUUUUACAGCAGUUUUCUCUUCCCUGUUGAUGCUUGAAAAUGCAAAAUAGAAAUUAAGCAUCGGUUUCUGCUGGAGAAAAGUCCCCUCCUCUUUGUAUUUCUUGGAAAAUAGGAGCUAAGGGAAGUCCCAUCUCCAGACCUCCAUCAGACCCACAGUAGUCAACAACAGCAUCCCCAGGGAGGCUGUGAUAUUCCUGACUCAUAAAUUGGUCUGUGCAGGGAGAUUGUAACAGGGAAUAGCAGAAGUUCAGCAAUGAGGAUGAGCUCAUUUGAGAUUGUUCUACGUUCGUGCUCAAGGUUUCCAUCAGCAACUAACACCUCCUUUUACGCAAGUAUUUUUCACUAAUGGAAGGAUGCAACUAAGCCAAAGUGGUAUUAUAAAGGCUUUUUUUUGUGUGUGAUUUCAUAGCAAGACAAUAGCUUGGGAUAAAGAGCUCUUAAUGAUUUUUUUUUUUAAUUAAAACCCUGACUGCUAAAGUAUUAGUGUAAUUUAGUUAAAUUGUACUAAGAGUGCAGAAGCAAAGUUGAGAGUGUAUCAGUCUUCACAAGCCAAAAUCUGUUGUUGUGUCUUCAUUCAGGUUUCUCCACUCUGUAAAAUGUCCUGAAUUUUCCAGAGUGGAUCUGUCUCUCCAUAUAAACCUUUAUUCCCUCUGUCUCUUUAACAGGCAAAUUGUCCUGUUUCUCUAAUCUUGAGAUGAAUAUCUGAACUUUAAACCCACUCUACAGCAAAGGGAACAGAGGUUUGUGGCACUGCUGAUACCUGGGAAUGGCUGCGGGGAGCAUGGAAAUGCAGUCUUUGAUCUUAUGUACUGAAUUCAAAGCCUUUUUAUUUUGGUAUUUGCUAUGGCAAUAAAAUAGCCUUCAAUUUUA